UCCAUCUCCUUCUCCUCCCUCCCUCGCUACCUCUUUUUCCUCUGCUCCUCCUACUCUGUUACUCCUCUUUCUCCCAUCAUGGCUCCGAAGAAGGACGCAAAGGCCGAUAAGGCUCAAGCCAAGCCCGCCAAAUCAGGAGGCGGCAAGCAGAAGAAAAAGAAGUGGAGCAAGGGGAAGCAGAAGGAGAAGGUGAACAACAUGGUGCUGUUCGACCAGGCCACGUACGACAAGAUGCUCUCCGAAAUCCCCAAGACCAAGCUCAUCACCUGCUCCGUGCUCUGCGAUCGCCUCCGCAUCAACGGCUCCUUGGCUCGGCGGGCCAUCCAGGACCUGUUGUCGCGAGGCAGCAUCCGUGUUGUGUCCACCCAUGCCACACAGUGCAUCUACACCCGCGCCACCAACACGUAAAACACUAGUUUUCGUCCUCAUGGAGCCAUCGGAUUAUGCAUGUUGACUAGCUCUGUCUGUGCAUUAGCCUGCCAUUCCUGCCGAGUGUACCUCUACAUGUCAGUCAAGUGCCAGCAGCUUCCGUUCCGUUGCCUUGAUUUGUUAUGGGUGGAUACGCUGGCUGGUAAGAUGGGAUGGUGAAGCAAAUGGCUGUUAAAGCCCAAUUUGGGACGAAGCUUUAACAAGUGAUGACGAGCGUGUUCUUAUCAGUCUCUUCCCAGGCCAUCCUCUUCCCAAAAUCGGCCCUCGCCAGAGAGAAUGCU